CCAUGAGCCCAAAAAAUUGGGACACUUAUUCCUAAACUACUUGAUACGGCAUUUGACGUACUUAAUAUUGUCAAAGUUCAUUCAUUUGACACAGUUUCAAAAAUGAGUAAUGAUAUAUCUAAAAAGAAGGGGAGGAGUUCAGGUGAGAAAAAGGCGAAAAGAAAGGCGAAAAGAAGAGAGACUUACGCGAUGUACAUCUAUAAAGUUUUGAAACAGGUUCAUCCGGACACGGGGAUUUCAAGCAGAGCCAUGAGCAUCAUGAACUCCUUCGUGAAUGACCUGUUUGAGAGGAUUGCCACAGAGGCGUCCCGGCUGGCUCAGUACAAUAAACGCUCCACCAUCACCAGCAGAGAGGUGCAGACUGCAGUGAGGCUGCUGCUGCCCGGGGAGCUGGCUAAACACGCAGUGUCUGAGGGCACCAAAGCUGUCACCAAGUACACCAGCUCCAAAUGAAGACUUCAACACAUUGCAAGGGGUUCAAACCUGUGCAUCAGCUGCUUUGUAAACUGGUUGAUUUCAAUAAAUGCAUAAAAAGCUGA